GCCAACAGAGUCAGAGAGGAGAGUUUGAGUUCCGGCGUUCCACUUGACGUCUUCACCUCACCACGUACGCGCGCGCGCAUGGCCGCGACGGCAUGCGCCCACGGCUACGACGGCGGCCUGGUGCCGCCGGCGCCGGCGCAGGCGAUGGGCCCGUUCGACGACGGCGGCCACCACCGUCCCGUCAUCCACGACCACUAUCCCAUCAUCCACGGCCUCGUCAUGCCUCCACCUCCUCCUCCGCCGCCGCCGCCGCCUCCUUCUUUCCAUCUCCAUUCGGGCCACGCCAGCUCCAAGGCGGCAGCGUCUCGCCACCCCGGCCUCUGCACCGAGGGCCUCGGCUCGGAGAGCUCCGAGAGCUCGGGCGACCUCGACCUCGGCGACAUCGUGGCCGACGACGACAUUCAAGACUGCAAGCAGGGCGACCAGGAGCUAGGGGCGCUGAUGCCGGCGAGGAAAAGGGUGUUCCCGCCGCCGAUAUCGGUGAUCGGCGCGGCCGGGAAGCCGUGGCAGUACCUGAGGGCACAGCGCGGGGGCGGCCGGCUGGUGCUGCGGGAGGUGAGGAUACCGUCGCGGGAGCUGCUCCACGCCUGCCGGGAGGACGGCCGCCUCAAGCUCCACUUUGCACACCCGGAGCCGGAGCCGGAGCCGGAGCCAGAGGAAGAAAACAACACCAUCUAGCUGAUGGUGAUCAGGAGGAGGAAUGCAACAAACCAGCAGACUGCAAUAUGACAGUCAAAAGAGAAGAGCCAACAGAACAUAACAGGGUUUUGGUUUUCUCGGUUUAAUAAGUAUGAGUUAUUAUGUCGUCAAAGAGUUCUAAGAGUGCCAUGGCCAUGGCAGUGUCCUUCCAAAGAGAUGUAAAUAUUGCAACAAAAUUGGUCAGUCUUUGCAUCCAUCGUCGAUCUACUGCUACUUCCUCCUCUGUCUUCUGUCUGUCGAAAGAAGCAGAUGCACGGGUCAAGGAUUCAGGUACAAGAAUCAACAAAAGAAAGACGCGUUUGUCCUCGACAUAGUCGCAAUGAUGCUCCACAGCUAAGGAUGAGCGUGUAUACAGUACAGGCUGCAAAGCACUCUAGGCUCACAAGAACCCUGCCUGCCUGGACUUGGUUUGAUGAAAAAGGAAUACUACAACACAUGUGACAGUUGGUUGACAGGUUUACAUU